GUUGAAAAGAGUUCUGUUGGUCCUCCAAUCUCUAUUUCUUGAGUAGUAGAGCUGUAGUGCUGUAGUAGUCGAUUGCAAGCAGAGAACGCUGGUACCGUACUUGCAGUAUCCGAGCACUUGCACAAUCGCUCACACUCAUCACUCAUCAUCCCAGAUCCACCGGUAAUAGCGCCGGGUACCGGUAUCCAGUUGCUCAACAUCACAGCAUCUCGACAACUUCUUGUUUUGAUAAUACUUCGCACUGAGAGGCUUUGCCAGCAGACAAAAGCAGAAUAAAAUUCACUGCCAGCUGCGUCGCAUCUAUAGAUUUCCUUCGACCGACUUGAGAAAGAAUACCCACCUUUACCCAUACUAGUACGCGGUUAGCAACCAAGAACCAAAGCAGAGAGCAUCAUGGAUCAGGCGGCUGCGGAUUUGAACAAUGUUGCCGUGGCGUAUCUGGAAAGGGGCGACCUGCGAAGAGCGUUGGAACUCUUUCGCACUGCCCUACGCACCACAAUGGGAGAGCUGCGUCCCGCCGGGGCCCCGCCGUUAGUACCCCCGCCUAUGCCUCCUCAAGAGCAGCAACAUCAGGCUGCCGGGCAGGGGCCCGCCAACAACGAUAAUAGGCAGCAUCCAAGAGAUACCAAACCCGAGUUCAACAGUCCUGGGACUCCCUUUGUCCACUGUCAGGGAUUUGGCAUCGUUGGCACUCCAGGGUCUUACUCUCCUGAUCCUCUCAUCAACACUACCGUGAUCAGUACCAUUAUCAUAUUCAACUUGGCCGUCGUCUACCACCUCAAGGGUCUUCACGAGAAGGCAUUGAACGAGUCUCGCUUGCACAAGGCCCGUUCCCUCUACGUCAAGGCGCAUCUUCUGCUGAAUGAUGCUGGCGUAUCGUACGGUUCAACCGGCAACGCCGUUGUGGAUCUCUUGUCCAUGGCCGUGUCAAACAACUUGGCACAGGUCAGCUACGAACUAUCGAGCUAUGACGAGUCAAGAGCCCACUUUGAUGGAUUGAUACGCUUUGCGCUCACCGUUGUCCCCAGUCGCUACGGGGACAGGUACGUUGGAUCGAUCAUGGACCAGCAGAAGUCCAAUUUCCUCCUGAAUGCCAUCAUCCUUCAUGCUCCCAAUCUGGCACCGGCUGCCUGAUUCAUGAGGCGCACUGAAGAGCGGCUAUCGCGAGUGAGAAGGAGCAUCAGUCUUUCCCUGCUGAAUGCUUGAAGGUUGUACAAUUAGUUGGAUGGAGGGUUUCUGGCUGGAAGAGGCUGGAAGGCAAUGAGCUUGGAGGAGUCAAAUGCAGAUGUGACCCUGGUCUAAGAAUCAAGGUUAAAGAAGGGGCAGUGAAAUCGCAGCUGAUCCCCAUGAACGAACUAGCUACGGCGCGGUACGAUUUAGCAGCGUAAUCCUGAUGCAUGACAAUGUAUUAAUAACAAGUAAAGUGUUUGUUUUGGUGAUCCUCCUUCAGCUUGCU